GGGCUCGGGGAGUUGGGCUGAGGAAGCGAGCGCACGCGGGCUGCGCGGAGGCCGGCUUUGGGCGUCGGGCCGCCCCCUCCCCACACCCCGCCCACACCCGGCACUUACUUUUGUUGUCACAGCUGCUCGCCAGCGGAGACGCAGCUUCUGAGUUGUCGGGCGGUAUUUGUUGGGUCGGCGGCAUCAGGGAUCCGCUGCGGCGUAGUGCGGCCCCUGCUGCGCUCCCGCGGCAGGCAGAGCUCACGCUCCUGCCCCCCGGCUGGUCCGGGGUCUGGGCACCGCGUCAACGGCGGCUCCGCAGGACGCGCAGACCGGACCGCAGCCCAUGCCCCGAGCGGACUGCAUUAUGAGGCAUCUGCCUUACUUCUGCCGGGGCCAAGUGGUGCGGGGCUUCGGCCGCGGCUCCAAGCAGCUGGGCAUCCCCACAGCUAAUUUUCCUGAGCAAGUAGUAGAUAAUCUUCCAGCUGAUAUAUCCACUGGCAUUUACUAUGGUUGGGCCAGUGUUGGAAGUGGAGAUGUCCAUAAGAUGGUGGUGAGCAUAGGAUGGAACCCAUAUUACAAGAAUACGAAGAAGUCUAUGGAAACACAUAUCAUGCAUAUCUUCAAAGAGGACUUCUAUGGGGAAAUCCUCAAUGUCGCCAUUGUUGGCUACCUGAGACCAGAAAAGAACUUUGAUUCUUUAGAGUCACUUAUUUCAGCAAUUCAAGGUGAUAUUGAAGAAGCUAAGAAACAACUAGAUUUACCAGAACAUUUGAAAGUCAAAGAAGACAAUUUCUUCCAGGUUUCUAAAAGCAAAAUAAUGAAUGGCCACUGAUGAAAAAUCAUAUUUAUUCAUUCACUGUUUUCUAGUGUUUCUGUGUUUAUUACUGUCCAGCCUCAUCUUGGUUAUAUACUAAAAAAUCAAACACUUUGCUACAGUUGUGAAUUAGUUUGAACAGUACAACGUAGUUACCGUAUCAUGCUUCAACUGUUAAAUUAAGGCCAUCAUGUCAUAGCACGAAAAAGAUUCAGUUAAAAAUCAAGAUUUAAAGAAUAUAUAUUGAUUAAAAUGUACCACUAGAAAGGUAUUACAUGUGUAUAAGUAUAGGUAAAAAGGCAAGUCACUAGUUUGAGAUGAAAAUUAAAAUUUUCAUGGUAAAAUACCAGCAUGUAUGUACUUGUAUAGUGUGUACUUCUAAACAGAGAAGGCUUAUGAAAGUAAAUGCAUUAAGGCCGAGUGCAGUGGCUCACACCUGUAAUACGAGCACUUUGGGAGGCUGAGGUGGGAGGAUUGCUUGAGCUCAUGAGUUCAAGACCAGUCUGGGCAACAUAGCGAGACCCCAUCUCUAUAAUUUAAAAAAAAAGGAAAUGCAUUAAAUAGAAGGUUGAUAGUUUAUCAUAAACCUGCGGGAAAGAAACUGAGACUUUGUAUUUUUGAUAUUUUGGGCAUUAAUACAUUACAAACAUGAAGAUGUUUAUAAAAUUUUGUUUUAGUCAUUUUCUUUGCAGUCACCUUGUACCACCUUCAUUAUUGUAUAGAGCUGCUUCAGUUCUGAGUCCUCUGGACUUCCCCUGCCUAUCUGUUUUUUGUUGCCGUUGAAGACAGUAAAAUAAGUGUUUUCAAAUCUAUAUGUCUCCUUUUUGCUGGAUAAUGUUUCUUCUUUUUAACAGUAAAUAUUCUUGUUCUUCAACAUUUUUCUUUUGUUCUUUUUUCCUUUUUUAGGAAAAACAAAACAGACUUCAUCCUUAGGUUUUCUCAAGAUUUAAGUGAACACAUUUACACGUAUCAAUUUCUUUUUUUUUUUUUUUGAGGCAGAAUCUCGCUCUGUCGCCCAGGCUGGAGUGCAGUGACGCAAUCUCGGCUCACUGCAAGCUCCGCCUCCCGGGUUCACGCCAUUCUCCUGCCUCAG